GGCGGCUCGUGGGGGUCCGGGCGGCCGAGGCGGGCGGCCGAGGAGCGGCGCCUGAGGAGGGGGAACAAAGAGCGGCGGCUGAGGCGGCGGCGGCGCUGCAGCAGCGGGCGGGACUGGUAUGGUGGUUCCACAGGGCAGACCCCGCUGCACUCACCGGGAGGAGGCGGCGGCAGCGGCGGCGGCGGAGGAAGGCGGCGCAGCUCGAGAGGCAUGCCCAAAGAAAAAUACGAGCCCCCUGACCCUCGGAGGAUGUAUACAAUUAUGUCCUCUGAGGAAGCAGCAAAUGGAAAGAAAUCACAUUGGGCAGAGCUUGAAAUAAGUGGCAAAGUAAAAACUUUAAGUUCAUCUUUGUGGUCACUAACUCACUUGACAGCUUUGCAUCUGAGUGACAAUUCACUAUCCUGUAUCCCUUCAGAAAUUGCCAAGCUUCACAAUCUGGUAUAUCUGGACCUGUCCCAUAACCAAAUCCAGAGUUUACCGGCAGAACUCGGAAACAUGGUAUCACUCAGGGAGCUCCGUUUAAAUUACAACCAGUUACGAGUUCUACCUUUUGAGCUGGGAAAACUGUUUCGGUUGCAGACUUUAAGCCUGAAAGGAAAUCCACUUACCCAAGAUAUAUUGAACCUCUGUCUGGAGCCAGAUGGAACAAGAAGGCUACUGAAUUACUUGCUCGAUAAUUUGUCAGGUACUGCAAAAAGAAUUUCAACAGAACAACCACCUCCAAGAUCUUGGAUCAUGUUACAAGAACCAGACAGAACAAGGCCAACGGCCUUGUUUUCUGUCAUGUGCUAUAAUGUUCUUUGUGAUAAAUAUGCGACCCGGCAGUUAUACGGCUACUGUCCAUCGUGGGCACUAAAUUGGGACUACAGGAAAAAGGCCAUUAUUCAAGAAAUCUUGAGCUGCAAUGCUGAUAUUAUAAGUCUUCAGGAGGUCGAAACAGAGCAGUAUUACAGUUUUUUUCUGGUAGAACUGAAAGAACGUGGCUAUAAUGGAUUCUUCAGUCCUAAGUCUAGAGCUAGGACAAUGUCGGAACAAGAAAGAAAGCAUGUUGAUGGCUGUGCAAUAUUCUUCAAGACAGAAAAAUUUACUUUGGUUCAGAAACACACUGUUGAAUUUAACCAGUUAGCUAUGGCGAAUUCGGAAGGGUCUGAAGCUAUGCUGAACAGAGUCAUGACGAAAGAUAACAUUGGAGUUGCAGUACUGCUAGAACUUCGAAAGGAAUUGAUUGAAAUGUCAUCUGGAAAACCACAUCUGGGAACAGAAAAACAACUUAUUCUUGUGGCUAAUGCUCAUAUGCAUUGGGACCCUGAAUACUCGGAUGUGAAGUUGGUGCAAACUAUGAUGUUCCUCUCGGAAGUGAAGAAUAUUAUUGAUAAAGCUUCUCGGAGCCUAAAAUCCAGUGUAUUGGGAGAAUGUGGAACUAUUCCACUUGUGUUAUGUGCAGAUCUGAAUUCUUUGCCAGACUCUGGUGUUGUAGAGUAUUUGAGCACCGGUGGAGUAGAAACAAAUCAUAAAGACUUUAAGGAACUGAGAUACAAUGAAAGUCUUACAAACUUCAGCUGUAAUGGGAAGAAUGGUAUGACCAAUGGAAGGAUCACUCAUGGUUUCAAGUUAAAGAGUGCCUAUGAGAAUGGCCUGAUGCCUUACACGAAUUACACAUUUGAUUUCAAGGGUAUAAUUGACUACAUCUUCUAUUCUAAACCUCAGCUGAAUACUUUAGCCAUCCUGGGACCUCUGGACCACCAUUGGCUAGUUGAAAAUAAUAUCAGCGGCUGCCCACAUCCACUUAUUCCCUCGGACCACUUCUCACUUUUUGCACAAUUGGAGCUCUUACUGCCUCUCCUGCCACAAGUUAAUGGCAUUCACCUUCCUGGCAGGAGUCGUUGGUUCUCUCAAAAUCAGAUGAAUUCAGAGGGAACUUGUCUGGCUGCUUUUGUUUCAACUGCAGGCAGUGGAGCAGAAGGACGCCGCGUGGCACUAAAUGAACUGUUGAGUAGUAACAGUUUUAUACAGAGACUGAGCCAUUUUGGAUGACUCAAAAUUUUAUGAGAAAACAUUUAAUUGCUUAUGCUGUUUUUAAGAGGAAAUAAAAUUACAUGCUGUUUAAAUAAAUGAAAUUUUUUUUCUUUUUAAGAAAUUCUGUAAAAGGUCUUGAUCUUGAAUCUGUCUUGGACCUUGUUUUUCCUUUAAGGUUUUUGUUUUGUUUUGUUUGUGUUUAAUCUUAAUUAUGAAGGUGGGUUUGUUUGUUUGUUUGUUUGUGGGUUUUCUCUUCUUUCAAGUUACGUUGGCACCAAACACGUCCAGUUUGUAAUCAACACUGGUGUAGAACCAGUACAUAACUUCUAAUGGCUUUUUGUUUCUUCUGUGUGUGUCUUUCUCUCUGUCUCUCUGUCUUUCUCUUGUAAAGUGUGAAUAUAAGAUGUGUUUGACUUGAUUUUCAUAAAUACUGUGUUGGUAGUGUGCAUCAUGACAAUUUCCAGUGAGGAGGAACUGGAGCUGGUUGGACUGAUGGGGCUGAGGAGCCACUUUCCCUGUGACCUGCUUAGAGAACCACAGGUCCAGAGAGCGUGGCGUGAGGAGCCGAGAAGAGCACUUACUCAUUUUUACAUUUGUUACCGGAAGAUGUAUUCUUUCCAUGGAUGCUGGAACUAGAGUGCACUUGUUAGAUGCUAAAGGUUUGAGCUUUACACAAAACGUUUCAUCUGUAUUCAUUACUGUCUACAAUAUAUUUGCAUUUGGGGGCAGCAUAGUAAGAUAUAAUUGCCUAUUAUGUCUUGAAGUACUUGUUUUGCCUCUUCUGGGCAUAAUGCAUUCUGUGGGUCAUUUGGACAUCUCCACCUUGUUUAGAUAGUGAUAAGUUGACCGAGAGUGUAGAUUUACAAGUAUAACCUUCAAAAGAAAAAUAUUUUGAAUCUAUAGAGAAUAAAUGUUCACACCAAAAUAGACUGAUACUUUUGUUAAGCAAGGUUUUAUGUUUUAAAUGCUUUGUGUCCAAAAUAACUUCCAAGAACCUAUACUCCUUAAAAUGCAUAAAACUAGUCUGUUUUCAUAAUGUAGAUUAUUUUUGAAAAAUUCUGUAAUAAAUAUAUGUAAUGUUUUGCUAUAAUGUAAUUUCAGUGUUCUUGCUGAUAAAUACAUCUUAGUGUUUUACAAAAUGUUUGGAAUAUGUUUCCUGUUCUAAAGAUGAGAAGAUUGGAGGCACUCAAAUCCUUGUAAAACUUUUGAAGCACAGUUUACAUACAGUACUGGUAAUUAUUUAUGCUUUGAGAAUUUAAAUGUUCAUUGAAAUUAAUUUAUGGCAUAGUAUAAAUUGAAGUUGUAGAAGUAAAUUGUUGCUGCAACUUUAAUAAUCCCAGAACACAGGCAGAAGAACAUCUCCAAGAAAUUUGUUUUUGUUUGUACUUUGAUUUGAUUUGGUGACAACCAGGAAAGCUUAUUUUGUAUUAGCACUUUGAAACCUAAAGACAUAAUUAAAUUGGGUAGAAUGCACUUCUAAAUCUUUAAAUUAUAGUUGAAACCUCUUAAGAUUCCAUUUUCCAAUAACAUUCAUGGUUUAGAGUUCCACUUUUUCACUAUUUAAACUACAGAACUCGUUUCCAUCAUGACUUUUAAGUUUGGUGGUCAUGUCAUAGGACAAAGCCAACCCAGGCAAGACAAUUAGGAGUUUGUCUUGGGAUGAGUCAGUCACAAUAUCCAGUACAGGUGUUGCAGAUAAUUUAGAGGACAUAAGCAGGUGUCCUCCAACCGUAAGCAGUAUUUUAAGAUGUUCUCUUUGUUCCUUUUGGUUACAUAAAUCUUAAAAAAUGGUAUGUUGAUGUAGUGUCUAAAAUAGUCUUUAUCCACAGUACAUUAUAUUGUGUAAUGCACUGGACUAACUCUUGUUUACCAUUCAUGUAACAAAACCCAGCACACUAUCUGCACUAAGCUCAAGAAUGUCACAUCUGCAUAGGCAGCUCUUUGAUAAGGGUGAUGAGAAGCUGAAUUUACACCAUAUCAACUGGUGGUAACAAGGGCUUUUAUUGUUCUUUUCAGUGGAAUCUUCUUGGUCAAAUUGUAACUAGCUAGUAUUAUAUUUAUAUACAGGGUCUCUUUUCCUUACCGAUGUAUUUUCCUACUCAUAGCCAACCAAUAAAUUCAAUAUCUGUUUAAAAUAUUUUAAAA